ACAAUCCACUACUUGUCUGACAAUAACAAGCUGCCAAAGUGGAAACUAAACACAUUUCAGAGUAUCUCUCUUACAUGUUACAAGAACAAAAUGGGGAAAGUCAACAUCUUGUUGAAACAGAGUUACACUGGCGUGAUAAGUGUGAUAGGGAUAAUCGCUAUCCUGCUGUUGGGAUUCACUCUCUUUGGUCAUGGGGUCAUAACAUCACACCUUGAAUGGGAAGACAAUUUUAUGCCAUCGCUGCUUUUCUUUUACGGGUUUUCUACUGUCACUCUCAUCUUUGCUGUCAUUGGUGGGUUUGGUGUCUGGAAAGAGAAGAAGUGGGCUCUCAUAUUGUUUGCAGUUGGAAUGAUCCUGGGAUGUCUGUACUUUAUCAUAGCAGAAAUAAUUGGGAUAGCGGUACUCUCACAGGAGGAAAUUAUGCUGAAGAAUAAAUACCUCAACUUGUUGCCUCUGUCUAAUAUGAGUGACACUGACAUAUCGUUGCUCGUCUAUGCACAGAGUGAAUUUCACUGCUGUGGUUUAGAGAGUUCCAGAGAUUGGGAAAACAUCCCAGAAUCAUGCAAGUGUGAUGAAGACUCCAUUGAUCUAUGUGUAGAUGCUUCUAGACACAUCGGCAACUUAAACGACCCUCUUAAUACCGGGCCAAACAGUAUUUAUGCCAAGCCAUGCCUUCCAAUCUUAAUUCAACAUGACAUACGUAUCUUCCACAUAGCAUUAGGCAUACUGUUCGGAUUCAUGUUAUUGUGGAUAUUGUCAAUCGGGUUGUCUAUUGCCUCUCUGUGUCAAAUGAAUAAGAAGGUGGAUACUCCAAACGUGGUCUACAGCACAGAGGCUAAAGCAGGGAACUACAGCUGUCUCACAGAGGCUCUGGAAGAUGGCUGAUCAAGUUUUUCUUUUUGCUAUUUCCAAAUGUUGAUGUUGUUUUGAACAGGUGUCUCUCAACAUAUUUGAAUAUUAUUGAAAAGUAGGAAUUCAAUUCAACACAUCUCAUUUUAUUACACAAGUGAUAUAUUUGGAUUAACUUCUGGUAAUUUUGAUUUAGACUUUAUGGCUAACAGCUAGGCAAAUUAUGUACCUCUCCACUCUUGCUGGCUUUGUUUCACAAUCCUGUCAGAAUCGCUGUUUGUUAGUUGUGCUCCUUUUUCUUCCAGUUUUCCCCCGAUUUUCCAUUAAUAUGCUUGCAUACACAACACUCUGUGAACAUCCUGCUUCUGUAGCUUCUGAAGCCAGUGACUGCCUACUGAAGAACUGUCAAGGCAGCAGUCUUACCCAUGUUGGUGAAUACCAUAACAGGACGCUAAUGUAACAUUUCUAUAAUAAAUAAUCAUAGAUUUAUUCUACUUUACACACUGUGAGUGUGUAAAACCGAAGUCAAGUUUCUAGUUUGUAAACACAAGCAUAGCAAAUAAAGCUGAUUCUGAUUUGGGAUUUUCAUUAGCUGUCAGUCACAAUGCUCAUUAACGUACAUAAACUCUUGAAAAAUAUCACCGUGUGUGUGUGUGUAACCCUAACCCUUUUGAAUUAUUCAAAUAAAUUUUGAAAUUUUAUUGAGAUGCACACAUUAAUAUUGAUAUAUUUCCUCUUCUACAAAUAUGCAUAAAGAAUUUAAAUACUACACUGUACCCAAUGUUGACUGUGUGAAUUGUAUAGCACUGGAUAUGACUGAUGUGAAUGCCCUUUGUGUAUCUCCUAUGUAUCUCCUCUCGAGCCCCUAAUCCAAACAUUUUUAUAAAAAUAAAAAAACAAAAAAACAAA